AUGUCUCUAAUGAUGGUAUCCGAGAAAUUAAACGAGCUAUUACGACCACCUCCAGGCAGUGGCGCCAAACUACCACCCUUACUCACAGAUGCCUCAGCAUCAAGCCGCACGAUAGAGGCCCUCCACCACUUCCACAAAGGUCCAGCAUUCUCAAGCCAAAAGACAGUACGCAUAGUAAUGGGCAAAAUGGUCCAACUAGCUUUCGAAACUCCCUUCCUCAUGCACGCCAUAAUAGGAGCAGCAACAACGCACCUCUGCACACUCCUUCCAGACAACAAAGCCUACCGCUUAGCGGAAGCCUACCACUGGCAACAAACAGUAAAGCAAUACUCACAAGAAGUCUCAACAAGCAUAACGCCCCAAAACAUGGACAAACUCUACUCAGCCUGCCUGAUGGUCUCAAUGCACUCCUUCCACCAAGAAACCUUCUCCCCACGCUCCUCCUUCGUCUUCUCACCCGACCCAACAGCCCUAACAUGGCUCCGCCUCCAGGGCGGACUCCGCUACCUCCUCGAACGAACCCACCCCUGGUUACCGCAGAGUAUGUGGUGGGCGACAUUUAUGGAAUCGCGAGAUCCAGACAUCAAUUUCGACGAUGACCGGGCUGGAAGGGUCGGUCUUGAUUCCGAUUUGGCCGAUUUUUGA